CCUCUUCCCACAAAGAAAUCCCAGCUUUGCUUUUGCUUCUCGAAGCACCCGGUGCCCUGGUUGGUCCCCGGCGGAAAAGCUGUCUCAGUGCGUCAUGCCUGGGCACUGCUGGUUCGCUCGCUCUGGAAGCCGGUAAAGUCCCACGUGUUGGCAACGGUUGUGAUCGGGAUUUUGUCCCUGCAUUGACCAAAAUAGACAUGUUCUCGGAAGGUGUCGGUCAGCUCGGUAACGUUGAAGCUGUCAUGGCAAAGGUGCUCCACUGACCAAACAUCUCAUGUUGAUGCUUUGACAGUUACCCACGAUUCGCUGAUGGAUUCGUAAUCAUCUGGCAGGAUGGCAUGCCCACGCCACCAAGGCUGGCCCCCUGCGUUGAAGCUAUGCCCUGCAGCAACUUCGCAGGUUGGGAUGGUGGUGUGGUGGCCGAAGAGGUGACGUUCGUUGAUACCCCACUAUCCCACCCUUCUGAACGUCCGUCCGCCGCCGUUAAGACUGUUCCCCGAAGCCCGCAGAGUGAACGAACCGCCGAUAUUAAAGAACAGACCCGCCUGGACCAGGGCACAGACAUAACAUAACAGUAUAAUAUUUCUAGCUCGUCAUCUCAAGAUCAUUCCAUCCCAAUGUCGUCUUCUCUCCCAAGUCACAAUCAGCCGGGCGAAUCUUCAUCACUUUUGCCAUCAAACACACCAACUGAAAGUGCUUCUCGCUCACAGGGACAACAAACCGAACAAACAGGAGCAAUGUCAGAAAUCAACACCCUCCUCACAGGCGCCGCCUUUGGUGCCGCCUUGACAGCAUCAGGAGUAUUCCAACCUUCGGUCAUCAUCUCACAACUCAACUUCACCAACUUCCACAUGAUCCAAACGUUCCUCACCGCGGCUGCCGGUUCAGCAGCCACCGUCUCAAUAGCCCAAGCCCUCCAACCGAACCAUCCGAACCUCGUCCCCCGUGCCGCCUCCAGCCUCGGGCUGUUCGGCCCCUACGACGGCAACAUCCUAGGCGGUAUCCUCCUCGGCUCAGGAAUGAUGCUCUCCGGCGCCUGCCCCGGCACAGUCCUCGCCCAGCUGGGAGUAGGUGUCAAGUCAGGAGUGUACGCCUUCGCCGGUGCCUCCCUUGCCGGUGUAGUUUGGUCAGGGUUCCUGAAGCCACUGCUCACCCAAUGUCCAACACCACCAAAGGCUGGCUCGGCAUCACCAUCACCAAAAGCAACAGUCCACGAGGUUCUGGGGGUCAGCAAGGGGACUUUGUUGCUUGCGUUGGAGGCCAUGUUUGUCGGCAUCGUUAUUGCCGCAGCCAAAUUCACCGAAGUUGGCCCAGAAGCCAAGAUCCCUCCUUAUUACGGCGGGAUGUUGAUUGCCGGAGCGCAGCUGCUGAGCUUGGUUGUCAGGGGUUGCCUGGUCGGCAUGUCUACUUCGUAUGAGGAAGUCGGCGGGUGGAUGCUUGGUGGAAAGCUGGUGCCGGAGAAGUACAGGAACAUGCUGUUCUCUGCGGGUGUUAUUGUUGGGUCGUAUUUCCUGUCGCACGGUGCCCCCAAGUUUGGUGAGGUGACGGAUGUGGUUGUCAGUCCCUUGAGCGCGGCGGUGGGUGGAUUCUUGAUGAUCUUGGGGUCGAGGAUGGCUGGGGGUUGCACAUCUGGGCAUGGCAUCUCGGGGAUUUCACUGCUGUCGAUGUCGAGUUUUUUGACGGUCGGGGCGACGUUUGCGGCGGGAGGGUUGAUGGGGUUAUUGAUUGGUUGAGGUCGGUUUGGUCAAGUGAGGGUAGUGGGACAGUUGCCCAAGUUUGGAAUUCUCGAAUAUGGUUCUUUCUGUGUACAUGCUGAGAUUCGGGCUCAUGCGGCCCAUGUAUAUUUAUAUCUCUACUUACAACAUGGGUACUGCUACUUCAGUUUGUGCCCAAGGGCCAACAGGCUUUCACCACUCCACAGUUCCCUCU